AUUUUCUAAUUCUCUACUCUCUCAAUUCCCAAAUCUCCGAUGAAAACAAGCUGUAGUGCUAACUCCGGCGAAAGGAAGUCUCGUUCUAUGUCUGAGGAAGGUGAAAGUCGUGCAACAAAGUAUUCUUCUAUGUCUGAGGAAGAUGAGAUUCGUGGAUUUCCGACAAAGUGUUUCUGUGGACGUUUAAGUGUGGUUUUGAUAUCAAAGACGAAGGAGAAUCCUGGUCGUCCCUUCUUUCGUUGUCCGAGUUUUAAAGAGGAUCACUUGUUCAAAUGGGUUGAAGAUGCAGUAUAUGAAGAAGUCGAAGAUGCCUUACCUAGAGUUGGUAACUUGGAAACAGAACUGGGCAAUGUGAAAGCUGAUGUUGAAGAGCUCAAAUGCGUGAUCCAUGAGAUGAAGGAUGAGUUAGUGUGUCACAAAAGAGAAAUUAAGAAGCUCAAAGUGAUAUGCAAGACUCUUUUGGUGUCUGCUCUCUUCUUAAGUAUGGCUAUGGUUUAUAUUUUUGUUGUUGGCAAAGUUGAAGAGAAGAAGUUCACUAGUUUGUAAUGUGUCUUGUAUGUUCUUUUAUUUAGUGCUGUUGUUGUUAUAUGACUGAUCGUUUAUGGCUAUGCUUCGGAUUGUAUUACUUUAAGGAUUAUAAAUGUGAUUUUUCUUUUGCUCUAA